AUGCCUUCGGAACAAGGACACCGACUCUACGUUAAGGGUCGCCACCUGAGCUACCAGCGUGGCAAGCACAACCUCAACCCCAACACCAGCUUGGUCCAGAUCGAGGGUGUCACCGACCCCAAGGCUGCCAGCUUCUACUUGGGCAAGAAGGUCGCUUUCGUUUACCGGGCUAAGCGUGAGGUCCGCGGCUCCAACAUUCGUGUGAUCUGGGGCAAGGUCACCCGCCCUCACGGCAACUCCGGUGUUGUGCGCGCCAAGUUCCGCCACAACCUCCCCCCCCAAGUCCUUCGGUGCCACCGUCCGCGUCAUGCUCUACCCCUCCACCAUCUAAACAGCUUCUCUAUGUUGUAUUUAGUGGGUGAAUUCCCUCGAUCCUUUCUGCACGCAGACGGAUUUUCGGUGUCAGGCAAAAAUGGAAUCUGUUGA